GUGCGGCGGCGGGCGGAAGUGACGCGUUACUCGCGCGCUGCUGGUCGCACUCCCCGGUGGCGGCGGCGAGGGUGUUGUUUUUUUUAACUCAAAUGGGUGAUGAAAAGGACUCUUGGAAAGUGAAAACUUUAGAUGAAAUUCUCCAGGAGAAGAAGCGAAGGAAGGAGCAAGAGGAGAAGGCAGAGAUAAAACGUAUGAAAAAUUCAGAUGACAGGGAUUCCAAGCGGGAUUCUCUUGAAGAGGGGGAGCUGAGAGACCAUCGCAUGGAAAUAACCAUCAGGAACUCACCGUACAGGAGGGAAGACUCAAUGGAAGACAGGGGAGAAGAAGAUGAUUCCUUGGCUAUCAAACCACCCCAGCAAAUGUCCCGGAAAGAAAAAACCCAUCAUAGGAAAGAUGAGAAGAGGAAAGAGAAACGCAGGCACCGAAGUCAUUCUGCAGAAGGGAAACAUGCCAGAGUGAAAGAGAAAGAACGGGAGCAUGAGCGUAGGAAGAGACAUAGAGAAGAGCAGGAUAAAGCCCGGCGUGAAUGGGAGAGACAGAAACGGAGAGAGAUGGCAAGGGAGCAUUCCAGGAGGGAGAGAGAUCGUCUGGAGCAACUGGAGAGGGAAAGGGAAAGAAAAAUCCGGGAGCAGCAGAAGGAACAACGGGAGCAAAAGGAGCGAGAAAGGAGAGCUGAGGAGAGGAGGAAGGAGAGGGAAGCCAGGAGAGAAGUUUCUGCACACCAUAGAACAGUGAGGGAAGAAUAUGGAGACAAAGUAAAAAUGAGACCCUGGAGUCGCAGCCCUUUGCGCCAGCAGAGAGACAAGCUUGAGCAAGGAGAGAGCAGGAAACCAGCAGUAAAAGAAGAGAAACCAGAAGAGAGGGAUCCUCUGUCAGACUUGCAAGACAUCAGUGACAGUGAGAGAAAAACCAGCUCAGCAGAGUCUUCCUCAGAAUCUGGAUCAGGCUCAGAAGAGGAGGAGGAAGAGUCGAGCAGUGAAGGCUCUGAGGAAGAGGGAGAGGAAGAGGAGGAGGAGGAGGAGACAGGAAGCAAUUCUGAGGAAGUGUCUGAGCAAUCAGCAGAGGAGGUGAGCGAAGAGGAAAUGAGUGAAGAGGAGGAACAGGAGAAUGGAAACCACAUCCCAGUUGUUACAGAGUCGAGGUUUGACCGAGAUUCAGCAGGGAGUGAGGUGGAGGAGGAGGAGGUCGGGGAGGGAUCCCCUCAUUCCAAUGCCAUGACAGAAGGGGAAUAUAUUCCUGAUUCUCCAGCUUCCUCUCCCAUUGAGCUGAAACAGGAGCUUCCCAAGUAUCUUCCUGCCCUCCAGGGAUGUCGCAGUGUGGAGGAAUUCCAGUGUUUGAACAGGAUUGAAGAAGGAACCUAUGGUGUGGUGUACAGAGCAAAGGACAAAAAGACUGAUGAAAUUGUGGCUCUGAAGCGACUGAAAAUGGAGAAGGAGAAGGAAGGCUUUCCCAUUACUUCUCUGAGAGAAAUAAAUACAAUUCUGAAAGCACAGCACCUAAACAUUGUCACUGUCAGAGAGAUCGUUGUGGGCAGUAACAUGGAUAAAAUCUAUAUUGUGAUGAACUAUGUAGAACAUGACCUCAAGAGCCUGAUGGAAACAAUGAAACAGCCUUUUCUGCCAGGGGAAGUGAAGACUUUGAUGAUUCAGUUACUGCGAGGGGUCAAACACCUCCACGACAACUGGAUCCUGCACCGAGACUUGAAAACUUCCAACCUGCUGCUCAGUCAUUCAGGCAUUCUGAAAGUUGGAGAUUUUGGAUUAGCCAGGGAAUAUGGGUCUCCCCUGAAGCCCUACACCCCUGUGGUUGUGACACUAUGGUACAGAGCUCCAGAGCUGUUGCUUGGAGCAAAGGAGUAUUCCACAGCCAUAGACAUGUGGUCAGUGGGGUGUAUUUUUGGGGAGCUGCUGACGCAGAAGCCGCUGUUCCCAGGGAAGUCAGAAAUCGACCAGAUUAACAAAGUUUUUAAGGAUCUGGGUACUCCCAGUGAAAAAAUCUGGCCUGGUUACAAUGAGCUGCCAGCAGUGAAGAAAAUGACCUUCACGGAGUAUCCCUACAACAACCUGCGCAAGAGAUUCGGGGCUCUCCUCUCUGACCAGGGCUUUGACCUGAUGAACAACUUCCUGACCUAUUACCCAGCGCGCAGGAUCACGGCCGAGGACGGGCUGAAGCACGAGUACUUCCGUGAGACCCCGCUGCCCAUCGACCCCUCCAUGUUCCCCACCUGGCCAGCCAAGAGCGAGCAGCAGCGGGUCAAGAGGGGCACCAGCCCCCGGCCCCCCGAGGGAGGGCUGGGCUACAGCCAGCUGGGUGAUGAUGAUCUCAAGGACACAGGUUUCCAUCUGACCACCACAAAUCAAGGAGCAUCUGCUGCAGGACCUGGCUUCAGCCUCAAGUUUUGAACUCAACGUGAAAAAAGGGGGGGGAAACAAAAACCCCACAAA